UCCUUGUCCGCGUUGUGUUCAGUUGUGAUUGGAGUUCACUGACAUGUACACAGACUGAGGAAACUGUCGAGGGCUUUAAUUUGGUUCUUUAUUCAUAAAAAAGAAAACCAUAAUCUUGUAUUUCACCGUGUACCCCAAUAAGUUAGAACACGGACCGCGAGACACGAAGUAAAACAAACCAAAAUUUGAAUUGAGCUAGCUUUUAGCUAGCCACUCUGGGAGGUGACUGCACAGUUACAUAUGGAAAAUGGAUUUUCUCUGUGAAAUAGUUCAAGCCUUGUUCGCAUUAGCAGCUUUAGGUUUUAUUGUGGUGCUCGUUAUAGCACACGUCACGGCCGGAAUGGUGAGCUUGACACGCCAUGAGAAGGAGAAAUACUUCCUCACUGCUUCUGGAGAGAAGGAGCUUUUUCCCAGUUUGCACGAUCCCUAUUCCAGGCAGCUCUCUGUGGUGAUACCAGCCUACAAUGAGGAGCUCCGAAUGCCUGUGAUGUUGGAUGAAGCUAUGGAGUACCUAGAAAACAGACAAAAACAAAACUCAUCUUUUACAUAUGAGGUCAUUGUGGUUGAUGAUGGCAGCAAAGACAAAACAACAGAGGUUGCUUUGCGGUACACAAGAGAGUAUGGUGCUGACAAAGUACGGGUCCUGACGCUGGUGAAGAACAAGGGGAAAGGAGGUGCUGUGCGGAUGGGAACUCUGAGUUCCAGAGGUAAAGUCAUCCUGAUGGCAGAUGCUGACGGAGCCACAAAGUUUUCUGACCUUGCCAAAGUAGAAGCCGCACUUCAAAACGUCAACCCCAAACCGGAUAACAUGGCAAUAGCCUGUGGUUCAAGAGCUCACCUGGAAAAAGAUUCUGUCGCUGAGAGAUCCAUGUUUCGUACAUUCCUUAUGUAUGGCUUUCACUUCCUGGUGUGGUUCCUCUGUGUGAGGGGCAUCAAGGACACACAGUGCGGCUUCAAGCUUUUCACACGCGAGGCUGCGAUCAAGACCUUCUCUUCUCUCCAUGUAGAGCGAUGGGCUUUUGAUGUGGAGCUUCUGUUUAUUGCGCAGUGUUUUAAAAUCCCCAUAGCCGAAGUGGCGGUCAACUGGACUGAAAUAGAGGGAUCCAAGCUCGUUCCAUUUUGGAGCUGGCUGCAGAUGGGCCGAGAUCUGAUUUUCAUUCGCAUGCGCUACUUCACCGGAGCCUGGAAACUGGAAUCAUCACAGAAGAGCGACUAGCCAAUCAGACAGGUCCUGGUAUCCUAGAGACAGCCUGUGAUUGGACCAUCAAACCUUUGAAAGAAAGAGGUGGGAUUAAACAACUGUGUCCAUCAUGUACUGUAACCAACAACAAAAAAAAAGUAGUGGCACAGUUGUGGGGUCCUCAUGGUCCUGCCUUGUUUUUUUUAUUCAGCUAUUGGCUUGUGAUAGCCACUGUUACAUGCACAUUUCUGUUGCCAUGGGUUACAGAAAGCCUGUAUGAGUGAUUCAUCAACUUCAUGUGUAUUUUGUGGCCAGUCAGUAAGUGACAGAGACUUGAAGGAAAGGAUGGUGGAAGAGAACACCGUGUUGUCGUUGUUUGAUAUUUUCUAAGGGGGGAGGGAUUGUAUUUUGAGGAAACAUGGCUCAUGAAUGACUGAAACCAAAAUAAAAGAAUGUCAAUGGGUAA